AUGCUGCGGGCCUUCUCCAUCCCGGGGUCUUCCUACCCACUCUUUUCCCUCAGGCAGAAGGACUCCCGUCUUCCAGUUUGGAGUAACCUCACCCAGACCGAGCAGACCGGCUGCCGCUGCCUUGGCCUCGCCAAUCCCCCUCGUCUCGCCCCGUUGGUGCCGUAUCGGGGAUAUUCAACCGGGGUUCCACGGAAUUCACGCUUCGCAGAUUUGGGCUCCGAAUUGGCCCGACCCCAAGCUGUGGGAGGAGGCGUCGGCUGCGCCUUCGCCGCUGUCUCUGCAGGGGCCAGUGCCAAUGGCGGGGCUCUCGUACUUUUCGUUUCCUGGUGAAAGUUCCUCCGAUAAUCUCAUGCCUCGUUCUUCUUCUUCUUCUUCUUCUUCGUUCGUUAUCCGGGUCAGUUUUAUUUUUUUCCCGGAAGAUGUUGUUCUGGUUAAGUACGGUCGACGAGGGGAUUCCAUUCCUCUUGGAAAUAUUCAUAGCAGCAAAUAAUGGGUCCCUGUAGGGUUUUCAGAAUGGGUUUCAUCCUUCGGGCUAGCAUACGGAAUGACCAAAUGUGCUCCAAAAUUUUAAAGAAAUGCGAAAAUCCCCGCCUUCUACUCUUACACAGUUGAAAAAUAUUUCGAUUUAUUCAAAAUAGGGAUACCUCGAAGAACCUGUAUUCCCUUAUAUCACUUGUUGAAUCUGAUUUCAACUCGUAUGAUGAUCCGUGCUCAUCUGUAGCUUGGUUGAUUCAGCACAGCAACUCCUACUUAGAAAAGUUGGGUUUAUGAGCUGAUUCUGUAUAUUCCUCAGGUAUUUGAAUGCUCUGAACAAGUAUCCGGUUCCCAUGAAAUCUGUAACGUCAGCAUUUCUUACGCUGAUUGGAGAUUUAAUCUGCCAGGUAUUAUUACAAUGCUUCAUCUAAGGAAAUCUAUGAAGAACUUUCUGUGUUUAGCCCUCCAUCGUAAUGCAUGCCUAUGCCGCCUUUCUUUUUUAAAAAGUAACUCACUUUCUAUUAUUGGAUUAUCUAACUCGUGGUUUGCUGGUGUAUGCUUUUAGUUGCUGAUCGAUCGGGUGCCUAACUGGGAUGUGAGGAGAACUUUUGUUUUCACCUUUCUUGGACUUGUUUUGGUGGGCCCGACUUUGCACUUUUGGUAACAGCUGUUUUUUUUUUUAAUUUGGUAUAUUUUGGUCAUGUUCUCUGGAAAAUCCAGUAGUUUUAUUGCACAUGAAUAUGAUAUUGCUCUCAAUAUGGGAAUAUUAUGGGGUGAAAAAGAUUUAGAGGGCUCUAAUGGGCAUUUAUAUUCACAUUUACCGGUAUAUAUCUGGUAAUAACGUCAAUCAAACUAUGCCUGAGAUGGGUGGAUGAGGUGCUGUUGUUGACUUCCACUAAGCUUUCAUAAUGCUUUCCUAACAUGGAAAAAAAGAAUCGACAUGUUCAAUGUAUAUAUAAUGUAUAAGUAUCUUGAUAAUGAUCAAGUAAAGCUUCAAAAGCAUCACCUGAUUCAUAGAGUAAUGAGUUUUUCAUUCUUGAUUUUAAUUUUUUUUUUCCUGCGGUAAGUUGGAUUGAGUGAUGGCUUGUAGGUACCUCUAUUUGAGUAAAUUGGUUACCCUGCAAGGAGCCUCUGGUGCCUUGGUGCGUCUUCUUCUGGAUCAGGCAAGUUCUCUCUCUCUCUCUCUCUCUCUCUCUCUCUCUCUCUCUCUCUGUGAUUCAGGUAAAUCCUAUCCAGUUUUCUUGACUUGGGCUGCUUUCCCCGCAGUUUGUCUUCUCCCCGAUCUUCAUUGGGGUCUUCUUGACCUCCCUGGUGACUCUGGAGGGACGGCCGUCCCAGGUGGUGCCUAAGCUUCAGCAGGUGGCGCUCAGAAUGAAUUCUCAAAUAAAUCCAACACCACCAGGUUGAUGCCUUCGAUGCUUAUAUCUCAUUCCAUCUCAUUCUCUUUCUAGGAGUGGUUUUCCUCCGUGAUAGCCAACUGGAAGCUGUGGAUCCCCUUCCAAUUUCUCAACUUCUGGGUGGUCCCUCAGCAAUUUCAGGUAAUUUCCAUGGCCUUGUGAUAUUCUAUCAGGUGGGUUUUCUUCCCAAGAAAAAAAAAAGGCCAUUGAAGGUGGAGGUGCCAACUGGCUGGGUGGGGCCCUUCCUAGAUAGACCCAAUCUGACCCUCCUCCAUAUGCACCCAUCUAGAGAGAGAGAGAGAGAGAGAGAGAGAGAGAGAGAGGAUGAGUGUUGGUAUUAAGAAUAGAGUCAGGCCUUUUAAUAAUUUAAUUUUCUGUUUAAUUCUGGGAAUAAUCUUAUUGGCCCAGUUUAUUAAUAUAAAUAUAAAUUUCCCCCGACAGGUACUCGGAGCGAACUUUGUGGCUCUGGUCUGGAAUGUCAUUCUCUCUUUCAAAGCCCAUAAAGAGGUCAAACACGGCACCGUCACAGACUAG